AUGGACCUUGGAAGUGUUGCUUCCUCAGCUCUGCAUCUGCAGGAGAAACCAGGCUUGUUGGGACUCCAGGCCCUCCUCGUUGGGUGCCAGUUAACUCUCUUGACAUCUUCAGGGCAGGCCCCCCCAAAGUGGGAGAAAACCAGUUCUCAGGGAGGACGACUUGGAAUUACAAAGCUGGGUGGCACCUCGAGUGUGAAGGAGUCUAACCACCUACACCAUUAUUGCCAUCUGACUCCUUUGGGGCCACUUCCAGCAGGCCUAUUUGCCACAUGUUGCCUGCACAUCGCAGAUCAAGCAUUCAUAUCAUUCAACAUGAAGCAUGGUACUGUUCUAUGGAGAUAG